AUCUUAUCGAUAAUUGAAAACAUCCCGCUAUAAAAAUAUGGAAAAAUGAUUAACAAAGCAGAACACUUCUAUAGUUAAUCAACAGAUAUGUUUCAUAUAGAAUAAAAAAAAAUUAUAUAUUUAUACGUCAAAUGAAUACAUCGAAAAGGAUGAAGUUAAUUUAUCUUGUUUUAGUAUUUUUAAACUCUGUUAGGAACGUUAGAAUGAACGGUGAAUCGAGCGGAGAAUAUCUUCAAAAGGUGAUGUUCCAACUUCAAGAAUUCAAUGUUCCCUCCCCUACUAACAUUUAUGACAGAAUGUCGUCAAAUAAUGGUUAUAAAAAUGUAAUGUAUAUGAACAAAGAUCGACAAAAUUAUCAGGUUCAAAAGAUUAAUAUGAAUACGCGGCGAAAUACGCAAAAAUACCAAAACCAUAGCCUCCAACAUCGUAAUACUAUACUUAAUGAAAAGGUUGAUUUACAUCCAACUGAUUUAAGUUUUUCACAAUAUCACGAGCCUCACAUUCCGAUCGUUACCAAAGUAAAAAAUCCAGAAGUACUUGGAUUUACAAGGGCAGAAUUGGCGGCCAUGUAUAAAAGCGCAUUAGAAAAGGGAUCGACGAUCAGUUUGUCUUCAUUAACCAAUGCACUCUCUUCCGGCGAGGUACCUCAGGUUACACAAACUCACGUGGAAUUUCCGAUUAAGCAGCCUCUUUAUCAAUAUUACUUCUUUCCGCUAAAAACUUUUAUGUCAGAAUUUAAAAAAGAUCGCGGUUAUAAAACGAUUCCUGCCCAUGCAUAUGACAAGACAGAAGCUGCACAAACUACUCAAACGCAGUUAUCAAAUCCAAUCUUUGUAGCCAUAAGUACUUUUGUCACUAUGGCAAUUGUAUUCAUGAUGAGUGUUUUAUUCUUGCCAAAGAUUACUCAACUCGAUAUAUUUCCAGCGCGAAGUAUUCAAGAUGAUUUCUUUUAUCUAACGAACAUAGUUACGAACGCCAUUGAACGUUAUAAUUUGUUGGAGAAAUUUAGAGAUCAUCAUGUAAAUACUAUCAGGUAGUUUAUAAUAUAACGAGAUAAAUAAUGUAUAUAUCUAGGUAAAUUUUAUAAUUAACAUAGGGAAAAGAAAUGUAAGUGAUUUUAUAGAUUAUAACUUGGAAUAAAAUGUAUAAGGCUGAUGUAAGGCCGAAAUAAAAUUAGAUAAUUUGUCAAAAUAUA